CAAGAUAGUGUAUAAUAAGUGAGAGAAACAAAAAAGAUCACUUUAGAUUUUGUAGCAGCACCAGAUUGCGAAACUGCAUACCCAACCCAACCCAACCCAACCCUUCUAGAGAGAGAAACUUCACCUUCUUACUUACUGUGUGUGUGAGAGAGAGAGACACACACAAACAAACUCCCCCCAUAAUUCCCCAUUCAAGAACCACAACACAAAAUAACCCAACAAUGAUAGCUUAUUUAGAACAUUUCGUUCACGAAAACAACAACGACUCUGAACCCAACGAACACGAACAACUCGUUUCCAGUUCCAUGGAACUGGACGGCAGUAUCGACUUCCGCUCCACCGCCUUCGCCGGAAAAGACUUCGGCGGUUUGCAUGCGACGUCGCCGUUCGCCGUCGUUCGACCGUCCGGGACCCACGACAUCGCGAGUGUCAUCCGUUUCGCCUCACAGUCACCGAAUCUUACUGUGGCCGCCAGGGGAAACGGGCACUCGAUUAACGGCCAGGCCAUGGCGAACCGCGGGCUCGUAAUUGACAUGAAACGGGGUUCGGAACCCGUAAUUGACGUCGUUAGAUGUGACGGCGGUUACGGUUACGCCGUUGAUGUCGGUGGAGGAGCAUUAUGGGAAGAUGUGUUGAAACGGUGCGUUUCGAACUUUGGGUUGGCUCCUAGGUCGUGGACGGAUUAUUUAGGGUUAACGGUUGGUGGGACGCUAUCUAACGCCGGUGUUAGUGGUCAGACGUUCCGUUACGGUCCCCAAACGUCAAAUGUAACGGAAUUGGAAGUUGUUACCGGUACCGGAGAUACUGUUAUCUGUUCCGGUGAUGUAAAUUCGGAUCUUUUUUUCUCCGUUCUCGGUGGAUUAGGACAAUUCGGUAUCAUUACCCGGGCUCGGGUCCUUGUUCAACCCGCUCCAGACAUGGUGAGAUGGAUAAGGGUGGUGUAUGCCGAGUUCGAAGAGUUCACUCGGGAUGCUGAGUUGCUAAUAACUCGGCCGGAAGGCGAGUCAUUUGAUUACGUGGAAGGGUUUGUGUUUGUGAACAGUGAUGACCCGGUAAACGGGUGGGCGUCGGUGGUGCUUGACCCGGACCAGUUAUUCGACCCGAGUGUGAUGACCCGAACCGAGAACCCGGUUUUGUAUUGUUUGGAAGUGGCUUUACAUUACAACAAAGGAAACUGCUCCUCAACAGUUGAUACAAGGGUAGAGAGGCUGCUUGGACGGUUGAGAUUCAUGGAAGAUACACUGUUCCAGGUGGACCUGAGCUACAUAGAAUUCCUACUACGUGUAAAGGAAGCAGAAAAACAAGCAAAAGCCAAUGGCAUAUGGGAUGCCCCACAUCCUUGGCUCAACCUCUUUGUAUCCAAAUCCUCAAUUGCUGAUUUUGAUCAUUUUGUGUUCAAGAAAAUCUUGAAGGAUGGGAUUGGAGGCCCUAUGCUAGUCUACCCUAUUCUGCGAAGCAGGUGGGACGAACGUACGUCGGUAGUGUUACCCGAUGGGGACAUCUUUUACAUCGUGGCGUUACUCCGGUUCACCAAACCGUAUCAAAAGUCUCCAAGCGUGAGGGAUCUUGUGGCGCAAAAUCAUGAAAUCGUCCAAGUUUGUGCUAGAAAGGGGCUCGAUUUCAAGUUGUACCUGCCUCAUUAUAAUAGUGAAGAAGGGUGGAAGCAACACUUUGGGGAUCGAUGGGACCGGUUUGUAGAGAUGAAGUUGAGAUACGAUCCGAUGGCUAUUCUUGCACCGGGACAAAAGAUUUUUACAAGACAACAAUCUUGAUGAAUGAUCAUUUGAUUGAAGUCAAUGGUUGUAGGCUUGUACAAUUAUUUUGUUUCUUACAAAAUUUUAUAUUCUGCUGUUGAAUCAUGUUUUUCACUUUAGUUUGUAUUCAAUUGGAAAAGAAGUCAUUUCAAGCAACCAAUGUAAAUGAAUACUUUUUGUUGGGCAACCAAUUUUGAUCCAUA